AUCCCUAACUCUAAAAAAAUCAGAUCCAGCUACCUUAUGUUUCGAGUACGUGUGUGUUUGAGAGAGAGAGAGUUCUAAGUUUCGAAAAAGUGCUACUGUAUUACUUGUUCACAAAAGAAAUUCGUCCAAGCAGGGCAUAGUUGUCAUUGUGCACGUGUCCUCUCACUACAUUAUCCUUCAGUAAAAAUAGUUAGUAGGAUUUUGAUUAGAAUUUUGAACAUUUUAUCUUUCUUAAUAAUACCCGCUAUUUUUUUUUUUUAACCUUGUCAACACUAUUUUGGAGAAAAGAUUGGUGUAGGAAUUCUCAGCUUUUGCCCUACAAUCCCGCUUAGAACUCCGCAAAUUGGAUAAAGGUUAGUGAUUGCGUUGUUUACUUUUGCGGCCUAUAAAUGUACUCUCUCGGCGCUUUCCUCAUAGCCUUCUCUUUAUUUGGUGAAAUCCAAUUGAAGAAGAAUUCUCCAAGCAAUGCCCAAAAGGAGAGGAAGACCUCCCAAAAAGAGUCAAAAAAUCACGAAGAAUGCUAAUCAGGAGACACAUCAAGUGGAAAAUGAAGAUGAUAUAUUACUCAAGCAGGAAGUUGAAUGUCAAAGUGCUGCAGUGAGGGCCAUUUGUAAUUUGGAGAUUAAAGAAGUACUAUCUCUCCUGCGCUUGCUUCGGUCUAAAUUCAAUGACGAACAACUGCACAUUCCGGUAAUGCAAUUCUUUAUGGAAAACCUUCCAAAACUGGCAAUUGUUAGAAAUGAGGAUGGCACUCAUGAAGUGAAAAAGAAAGAGGCUGAUGGUAAUUUUAGCAUGGACCAAUUUGAUGGAGGAAAUCUACAUGCUUCUCUUCUACGACGGCUGUCCAUGGCUUACCCUGAUUGCUCCAAUGCCAUCCCAUCAUUUGGUGGAUUUGAAUUUUCAAGCAAAUCCGGUAUCUUUAAGUCUCUCCUCUGGCAUCCUUUUUCUGAAAAUUCAAGGAGCUCAAGUUUAUUUUCUCUGACUUGCUUCACCUAAAUGUUGACAGUGAAAACAACUCUCUUUGGUGCUGAAAGCAUGCAGAUCAAGCAAUUCGUAUGUUAUGCUGUUCAUUUACUAUUUGCUAUAUAAUGGUCAAUUGUCAUGCCAUUGAUCUUGCAAUACCAUAUUUCAAGUUGCUUUGGUUGAAUACACGCUCUUCCAUUUGGUUGAUUAUUUCUAGCUUUUAACUUGUAAGAAAACUAGUCGGUACAUCUGGAAACCUUUUCUUCAAUGAAUUCUUUUCUUCUAAAUUUUCUGGUGGAGGUGAGGGGAGGUUUAAAGUCAUUUGUGGCCUUUGCACUGGCUUAUCUCCUGGCUUUUAUAGAGGUUUUCAGUUGUGGAUCUUCCUAAUUUUUCUUUGAUUGAUCAGCUGAUGUGACCUUCUGACAUAUGAUAUAUUUAUCUUCUGGCUUCUUCUUCUUCUUAUUUUAAGGACCCGUUUGGCCUUGAGAAUUAUGCAUUUUUUUUUCCGGAAUAAUUUCUCACUGUAUUUCAAAAUCAAUGUUUGGCCAUGAAAAUUCCAAAUCCAACUCGAAAUUGGAUUUUAAAUUUGAAAAACAGCUUAUAACCUGUUUUCCAAUUCCAUCUUCAUAAUUCAAAAUAAAUUGCUCUCUUCUCUCCUUUGCAAAAAUUAUAACCAGACACAAUUCCAUCUUCAACUCCAACUUCAUAAAUUUUCAAAUAAAGUGAAAAAUAUUUGGAAUUAUGGCCAAACGCCUAGUUAAUAAACGUGGUAAUGGGCCAUCUUACGUGCACCUUGACUAAUUCCACGGGUACCUGCUACCUCCCACCAACACAAGUAUACAAGUAACUUUGUCCGCCAAAGCUUGGACAGAAGGUAGAAAUCACCUAGGUUUUUUGCCUCCGCAGGGAUUUGAACUUGGACCUCAUCGUUCUCAACCCAUUUCAUUAACCGCUAUGUCACACCCUUGUGUGCUUUUAAUGCUUUCUUUCUUCUUAUUCCUUCUUUGUCAUGUUGCAUUUGUAGGUUUUAGAGGAGCCAUCUGACACUCAGAUGUUUGAGCAGCAGGAUACUCUACAGACUCCUGGUG